AUGACUUGGCAAGAAUUUAAGGAACCCUUCAUGAGAUAUCAUUGUCCUCAGUCAGCCAUUGAUAAGAUUCAGGAGGAUUUCUUACGCCUCCGACUGAAAAACAAGACGAUAAACGAAAUAUCCAACACUUUCUUGGAUAAGAUGAAGUUUUGUGGAGACUUUGUGAAGACCGAAAGAAUGAAGAUCAAUCGCUUUUAUGGCGUACUGAAGGCAGAAUUUAGGGAGUUCAUCACUUCCUCAAAAUGUGAGACCCUUGACGAGCUUAUCAAUUUGGCACGGGAUAGAGAAAUUGAAAUUAGAACACGGGAUAGAGAAAUUGAAAUUAGAAGACAGGAGGAACGUGGUGAAAAGAGGUCGACCGAAAAGGGGACAAAUGCAAGUCCAUCUAAAAAGAAAGGGCAUGUUAAGUCGGAGUGUCCUAAACUCCAACAAGGAUCAAAGAAGGAGGGAAAGAACGAGGAAAGCUCUAAGGCAAAAGGGAGUAUGUUUCAAAUCACAUCCGAAGAAGCCAAGUCCCAUUUGAAUGUGGUUUCAAGUAUCUUUUUAUUAAACUCUAUACCUGUUUAUGUUUUGUUUGAUACCGGAGCCACUAUGUCGUUUAUUUCAAAUGAAAUCACACAACAUCCUUCAUUUAAGAUUGAACAAAUGCCAGUACCUUUAGAGGUGGAAAUAGCCGAUAGUAAGAACUAUGUGUUACACGAGAUUUGUAGAAAUUGUAAGUUCACUAUAGAAGAUGAAGAAUUCGAUAUCGACCUCAUACCUAUGGUUUUGGGGGAAUUUAAAAUUAUAGUAGAUAUGGAUUGGAUGGCACGACACCGCGUAGAGAUUAUUUGUGAAAAUAAGGUAAUGCUUGUCCAAUCUCCAAGUGGAAGGAGUAGGGCAUACCUCGCUUAUGCAGUAGACGCCCGACAAAGCUUCCCGAAACUUGAAGAUGUUGAGAUCACGAAUGAAUUUCCGGAUGUAUUUCCGGAGGAAUUGCCGGGACUCCCUCCCGAACGAGAAAUAGAAUUUCGCAUCGAAUUGAGUCCGGGUGCAAAACCUGUAGCGAAGGCUCCCUAUAGAUUGGCUCCCACCGAGAUGCGGGAGUUAAUGACACCAUUACAAGAUGUUAUAGAUAAGGGCUUUAUACGCCCGAGUGUAUCACCUUGGGCAGCACCGGUCCUAUUUGUAAAAAAGAAGGAUGGGUCGAUGUGCAUGUGUGUCGACUACAGGGAACUGAACAAAAUAACUAUAAAGAACCGUUACCCCUUACCCAGAAUUGAUGAUCUCUUUGAUCAGUUAUAA